AUGGCUUCCAAAUAUACUGUCAGAAAGAUCGGAGCUCCAAACACUUUGGAGCAUCGUAUCUAUAUCGAAAAGGAUGGAAUCCCAGUUUCCCCUUUCCACGACAUUCCUCUUUAUGCCAAUGAGCAACAAACCAUCUUGAACAUGGUGGUUGAGAUCCCAAGAUGGACAAACGGCAAAAUGGAGAUCAGCAAAGAAGAGGUCUUUCUUCCUCACCAUGCAUUUUAAACUAUCAACUAACAUGCUAUUAGAUGCUUAACCCAAUCGAAUGUCCCUCCCGCCGUUAAACUCAAAUCUUAUGCUAAUAAUCUAAACAGAAGCAAGAUGUCAAGAAGGGCAAGCUUCGUUUCGUCCGCAAUUGCUUCCCCCACAAGGGUUACCUCUGGAACUACGGUGCCUUCCCUCAAGUAAGAUUUGGAACAUACAUACAUUAUUUACGACUCGAGCUGACGGGAUAUUAGACUUGGGAGGACCCCAACGUUGUCCACCCGGAAACCAAGGCCAAAGGUGACAAUGACCCAUUGGACGUUUGCGAGAUUGGUGAAUUAGUCGGAUACCCUGGUCAAGUCAAACAAGUCAAGGUUCUUGGUGUUAUGGCCUUGCUCGAUGAGGAAGAGACCGACUGGAAAGUUAUUGUCAUCGAUGUCAACGACCCAUUGGCCCCUAAACUCAACGACGUUGAAGAUGUUGAAAGACACCUUCCAGGUCUCUUGAGAGCUACAAAUGAAUGGUUCAGAAUCUACAAAAUCCCAGACGGAAAGCCAGAGAACCAAUUUGCUUUCACUGGAGAGUGCAAGAACAAGAAGUAGGGCUUGCUAGAUGAGUGUAUUUGGCAUUGUAAGCUAACGAUGUUCUAGGUACGCUACUGAUAUUGUCCGCGAGUGUGCUGAGGCUUGGGAGAAACUCAUCACUGGCAAGACCACCCCAGGAGAUGUCUCAACGUAAGUUUUUUGUUAUCUCCCUAUGCCAGCUUUUUAACUAACAAUUGUCAAGUACCAACGUCACCGUCAAGCACUCUACAAGCCGUGUUGAACCCAGCCAACUUCCUCCCAUUCCAGCUAACGAGAACAUUGCUCCGGCUCCUAUCGAUCCAAGCAUCGACAAGUGGUUCUUCAUCUCUGGUGCUGCCGCUUAGAUUCAGAAUUAAGAAUAAAGGCUAUGAAUUUGCAGGUGUUACCACCAGGUUACCAUAAAAGUUACGUUGCAGCAUUAUAUGAAGCGAAGCACUACACAAGCAUCUACUAUUGGCUGUAGGUACAAUACGAAGUUUUCCGAGUGCUAGU